AUGCACGGGUCCUAUCACUUCUUUGUGUCUAGGCCCUGCUCCACCGUACCUCCAUGUACUUUUACUUCUGCCUUGCUUCCCCGUCUUUUGUCUCUCUUUUGCCUCUCUUUUUGCACCCAAAGCCGCUUUCACUUUCACCAUAGCAGCAGGUCUCGUUUUUCAAUCCAGCUUUCCAAGCCUCAAGUUGUGCCUGGCCAGGUGACCAAAGCAUCGAGUUGGGAUAAGCCAGAAUGCCUGAAGAACGCAGAUGAAAAGCUGAACACCACCAGUUGGAAAGAGUACAAGACUGCAGAUGGCCGCGACUACUACUACAAUCCCAUCACAAAACAAAGCGUUUGGGAUAUGCCUAUCGAGCUGAAACGCUUGAGGGGAUUAGCAAAAGAGGAUGAGAGCGAUGAUGAAAAGGACAAGAAAAAGGAAGAAGAGAAGAAAGAGGAAUGGAAGACCCCCGAAGACAGGAGAAACGCUUUCCGCGAGUUGCUGGAAGACAAGGGCGUGAAAAGUAGCAUGAAGUGGGAAGAGGCUUUGAAGCUGAUCCAGGAUGAUAGAAGAUUUGGUGCCCUGACAGCUGCUGGUGAAAGAAAGCAGGCUUUUGCAGAGUACAUCACACAGACAAAGAAACGCGAGAAAGAAGAGGAAAGAGAGAAGAGGAAGCGUGCCAAGGACGAUUUUAUCGAAGCCCUGCAAACAUGGAAGGACUUGAAGCUGACGACUAGAUACAAAGAUACAGCAGAGCACUUCUACAAUGAGGAGUGGUUCAAGCUCUUGGAAGAAGAUGAGCGUGUGGAAGUUUUUGAUGACUUCAUGGACGAGCACGAGCAAAAAGCGAAAGAGGAUCGACGGAAGCAGCGGAAGGAGUACGUCGAAAAGGUCAAGGAGACCUAUGCCAACCAUGAGAAGAUUUCCGUCCUGAGUCGAUGGAGGGAUGUGCAGGAUGCGUUGAGAGACAAUGAGCAUUUCAAGUGGCUUUCAAAGCUGGAAGCCUUGACCUCCUGGGAAGAAUGGGUCCUCGAAACAGAGAAGAGUGAGCUCAAGGAGAAAACGAAGAGCAAGUAUCGCACAGAGCGGAAGAAUCGGGAUGCGUUCCGGGACUUGCUACGACAGCACGGAGAUGAGGGAAAGAUCACCUCCAGCACUUUUUGGGGAGACUAUGCUGAGAAGGUUGUGAAGGAUUCCCGCUACAUUGCGUUAAUAUCGCAGCCUGGAUCUACCCCGCAUGACUUGUUUGAUGACUACCAGGAGGAGCUCCAUGACAAGUACAACCAGGACAAGAACAAGCUGAAGAAGCUUGCCAAGUCCAAGGGCCUUGUGAUCACUACCAGCUCGACAUGGGAAUGGUUCAAUGGAGAGCUGAAAGACGAGAGCAUUUUCAAAGAGAUUCCCUCGGAUCAUCGGAAGUCCAUGUUUGAAAGCCUUGUGGUCAAGGCCAAAGAAGCAGAAGAGGACGCUGAAAAGGUGGCAAAGAAGAAUCGCAAGAAGUUUGUCGAACUUUUGCAGAAGUCUCGGGAGGUGACGGCAAAGACCAGCUACGAGAAAGCCGGGAAGCUGUUGGGUUCCAGUCCAGCUUGGGAGGCUAUGGACGAUGCAACCCGAAGGCAAUGCUAUGACAUUUUUGUGGAUCAGCUCAAGAUUCAAGCUGGCACAAAGGAAGAUGCGGUUGAAGAAGAUGAGGACGCCAAGAAGAAGAAAAAGGAAGGGAAAACAACAAAGAAGCGAAAGCAGGAUGAGGAAGAAGAAGAGCCUCCAAAAAAGACGAAGAAAAAAAAGGAAGAACCCAGCAAGGAUGAGGAAGAGACGACUAAAAAGAAGCCCAAGAAGAAGUGAGCGGGGCUGACCCGGUGUAGCUGCAAAUUUGUUUGCAAUCAAGCUCUCUGUCU